CAACAUCUAUGGACAAUGAUACCCUAUAAUAGUGUACCUUUUCCAAACGGUGUGUUGCCAUCUUUCCCUUCCAAAACGGUGAAAGAUUCUGCUCACAAGAGACGGAACAGCUUUCGAAGUAAUGGAUGAAAGAACAGAAGUUGAUGGAACAGAGAAAGUGGGAGAAGUGAAGGAAGGAGUAGCGUCAAUAGCAUUAUUGCCAAGUGGGUCCAUCUCUGGUCACUUCAUUCAUCUUCCUCAGUCCAUCUGCUAUGGCCUUCACGGCACUGAGUUAUCUUGUGAAAGGGAAUGCAGCAAGGGGGAGGAUUAUCGGUUGAUCAAGCUCACAAUCAUAGAUUACAAUAGAAAGAAAGAACAAGCUGUUGUGGUGGAGUGCAGAGGCCAUGAUGCUGCCCGGUUCCACACUGUUGAUCAUGCUCAUGGUUGGGAGAAGGAUGUUGUAGGUAUGGUUGAACAAAAGCAUGGGAAGAACAAGAUUCUGCUUUCUUUUGAAUGUGAGACACUAAAAGCCGAUAAAGCAGCUGAAGAUCAUAUCAAACAGUUCAUGCCCAAACUAGCUGGGAUGGAUGCAGUUGUUAAUAUUGGAAGGAUGCGAAUAUCAGGAUUGGACUUUGAAGCAGAGGAGGAGGACGUUUAGGCAGAGAUGUGAUUAAGUGAAUAUAUAGUUGUUCUUAUGGCAUAUAUUGCACAGACCUGUUCUACAAGAUGAAAUGAACCCUUUUCAUGCAGUUUAUGGUACGACCCGGUGUGCUUUUUCUUAUUUAUUUAUAUGUAAUUGUUCUCAAGUCACUUUACCACGACAUAGGGAUAUAUUCAAUCUGAGUUUAAC